CUCUUUGAUACUAAAAAAUAAAUUAUAAGAUAUUAAUAAUACAGUAUAGAGUAUAGAUUAAGUAAAACAAUGAAUCUAAAUAAAUUUAGCUUGAUAACAAGCGGUGUUACCUUGCUAAGUGCAAUUAUUAUUGCAGCGAGUCUUUCAAGCCUACCAUAAAUCUCUAUUUUAUGGUCUUACUUUUACAUAUUUGUGCUCAUGUUGAUACUUAAUAAUAUAAUAUUUUAUUAACUUUGUGAUGUGGAAAAUGAUGAUUGUUCUUAUUUUAUAAAAAUUUUGUUUCACAUGUCCAUAUUCAUAACUGGAAUAGUUAUAUUUUUAAUCUUUUAUUGCUUUUUUAUAUAUCCCCUUUAGUCUAUAACUUUUGAAUCUUUCACUGAUUGCUAAGUUUAAGGAAAGCUAACUAAAAAUCUUUAAGGUAGUGAAUCAUAUUCGAUUUUAUAUACUAACUUUAGAUACAAGGGCUAAAAUAUGUUAGGAUACGCUUGUCAGUCUAAUAACUACUCAAAGCCUUAUCAUUAAACGCCAUAUCCUUAUUAAUUUAUAAAAAAAAAUUCAUAUUACAAUUGUGAAAAUCCUAUUAAAAAUGACAAGAGUUACGAAUAACCUACUUAAAGAGUGGGAACAUCUAAAAGAUAAAGGGAAAUUUUGAAUAAAGUAGAAAAUUUCUAUAGUCGUAGUAGAAGUAGGACAAAUUAAGCUAAAGCUAAAGGAUGCCUACCCUAUGAUUUUAGCUAAGUAAAAUUACCAAGUUGGGCUUGUGUUGAUUAUAAUUUAAGUCAUGAAUAGUUAACUAAACCUUAGGACUGCUAUGUUAACUUUUAUGAAAACUAAUAAAAAGCUUAUGAAAAUUCAUAAGAAAGAAGAGAUUUAAGAAGUGUGAAUAAUUUUGCUUUUGUAUCAUUUUAGUCCCCUCUUUACUAUGAUAAAAAUAUGCUUUUUAGUAUAAUAAUUUAUGCUCUUUUUCCCUUUUUGUUAUCUUUAGAUUCUGCGUAUUACGAACUAUGUAAGUUGAUUAGAAAUUGUGUAUUUAAUAGGCAUUAUGAAUGAACUAUUUUCAUAUUUUCAACUUAGCGUUAAUUGAACCAAAAUAUUUUUAGUACUUUUGCUUAUAGAAGAUUAUUUAUUAUUACUAAUAAAAGUAAGUCUUUUAGUAUAUAUUAAGUACGUUUUAUAUUGAAUUUAAAGUUAAAUAUUAUAUCACUUUUGCUUACUUUCUUUAUUAGGUACCAAAUACAUUUUAGUUAUAAAAAAAAGCUUUUAAUAGCUUUUUAAAAAAUAUUAAUGUCUUUUAAUUAUAUAUGUAUGUAUGUAUGUAUGUAUGUAUGUAUGUACAGUACCCUAGGGUACUGCCUUUUUCAAGGUCAUUCAUCAUAGAAUUUUCAAAGCUUUAGAAUUUGAUUUGUCUCUUAAUUUUUUGCCUUUACUAUAUAUAAUAUUAUCGAUUUUGAUUAAACAUUAUUCAUGAUAUAUUAAAUUAAUAACAAUAAUAGUAAUACAUAAAAUUUUUGU